GCGAGCGGGCACUCCAGCGACCGGCCCGCGAAGCAGUUGGUGGACGACGACACGCAGAAGGAGUGGUUUGCUCCGAAGGGCGCCAAGGAGGCAUGGGUCCAGAUUGACCUCGGCGAGCUCUGUAUGAUCUCGGGGGCCAGGCUGCACUGGUGGGCCCUGCAGGCGAGGAGCUGGCGCAUGGAGGUGGCCGGCCCAGACCGGGUGUUCCGCGCGGCCGCAGAGAGGCGCUCUCUGGAGGCGGCCGCCGAGAACGAGCUGAACGUCCAGGAGGAGGUGCCUGGCUGGCCAGGCCCGACGCAGCACGUGCGGCUCACGAUUUAG